GGCUAGCCGGAGGGUAAUGACACAGCAUUUUGCUAACAGCAGGAGCCACAGAAUCUGCGGCGAGCCUGUUGAAAGAACCCACACGUGUAUUUCACAGCACCCUGGGUGGACAUUGGAUGUGAAAAUGAAGCCAGACCGAGAUACCCUAGAUGAAUAUUUUGAAUACGAUGCAGAGGAGUUCUUGGUCUCCUUGGCCUUGUUAAUAACAGAAGGACGAACACCUGAAUGUUCUGUAAAAGGUCGUUCAGAAAGUUUCCAUUGCCCUCCAGCACAGUCCUGUUACCCAGUAACCACCAAACAUGAAUGCAGUGACAAGCUGGCCCAGUGUCGCCAAGCCAGACGAACCAGGUCUGAGGUCGCGCUGCUGUGGAAGAACAGCCUUCCGAUCAUGGUGGAGGUGAUGCUGCUGCCAGACUGCUGCUACAGCGACGAGGGGCCCACCACGGACGGUGUGGACCUCAACGACCCUGCAAUUAAGCAAGAUGCAUUAUUACUAGAAAGAUGGGUGUUGGAGCCGGUUCCUCGACAGAGUGGUGAUCGAUUUAUUGAAGAGAAGACCCUUCUAUUGGCUGUCCGCUCAUUUGUGUUUUUUUCUCAGUUAAGUGCUUGGCUGAGUGUUUCUCAUGGUGCUAUUCCACGAAAUAUUCUUUACAGAAUCAGUGCUGCUGAUGUCGACCUGCAGUGGAAUUUUUCACAGACUCCAAUUGAACAUGUGUUUCCUGUUCCCAAUGUUUCUCACAAUGUGGCCUUGAAAGUCAGCGUUCAGUCCUUGCCCAGACAAUCUAAUUACCCAAUUUUGACGUGUAGUAUUCAUACUAAUAUUGGCCUUUAUGAGAAAGGAAUUCAAGAACAUGAACUUAAAGCCCAUCAGCACCACAAUUCUAACGAAGCAGAACAGUGUAGUACAAACAGUUCACAGCGUGUGUGUAGCAAGCAGACUUGGACCGUGGCACCUGAAAGUGUAUUACAUGGAAAAAGUGGCACCCCUCCAGAAUACACUGCAGCUGUCAAAAAUGGCAAACUGUAUCCAGGCCCUGGCAGUAAAUCUGACUAUGGAACUUGUCAAGCCAAUAUUGUGGGCUUCAGUGGUACAGGAGAUAAAAAGUCACAUGAAACAUCAGUGAGGACUUUAAAAUCAUUUUCAAUGAUUGAUUCCAGUGUCCCCAGUCGCCAGAGUUCCUGGCAGUCAGUUGGUGAGACUAAUUCUUUAGUAUGCUCUUUAAUUCAGGAUCGACAAGAAGUUAUUGCAAGAAUUGCUCAGCAUUUGAUCCAUUGUGAUCCAAGCAGUUCACAUGUUUCUGGACCUGUGUUUCAUACUCAAGAGCCUAGUUCAGUUAAUUCAAAACUUUUCCGGGUUUCACAAGAAAAUGAAAAUGUGAGAAAAUGUAAAGAGACUUUCUCCAUUUCUUUCGGUAGCCCAGAGCUUACCUCCUCAGAAGACAGCAGUGAGAGGAAGAUCCGAGUAAAGCCAGAAGUUCCUCGAAGUGGAACUUGUACUGCUAAUGGUCUUUAUUCUCAUCGGUCUGUCGGGGAGACUAACCCUUUAAUAGGCUCGUUACUCCAGGAGCGGCAAGAUGUGAUUGCAAGGAUUGCUCAGCACUUGGAGCACAUUGAUCCAGCAGCAUCACGUCUACCCCGGCAACCGUUCCACGCUCAUGACUCUACUUUGGUUCCUUCUAAAGUGUUUAGGAGUUCAUAUGAAGACAAAAAUUUGUUGAAGAAAAACAAGGAUGAUGCCUCUGUUUCCAUUUCUAAUACAAAAUGUUCCUUAUUAGAAGACUGUGAUGAAGGGGAAAGCUUAAUACCUACUAAAUCUCUUAGUCCUUUUAAAUGCAAUAGUAAAGUCAAGUCCUCUUCGAAACCUCAAAUGAGAAGAAAUCUGUAUCAGGACAAUCCUAGUGAAGGAAUCCAAAGUACAUUUCAGGGGAUACAGAACAAAGCCACUAGUUUAUCGGCUCCCUCAAAUAUGUCCCAUUGCAAAGAAGAUAAGUUAGUUUUGACAAUCAGGUUGGAAAAUACACUUUCUGAGUGUCAAUUUAAGGAGCAAGAAAUUAGCAAUGGAAUUGAUAAACGGUAUUCAAAUGGCCAUGGUGUUGACAAACAGAUUGGCACAAAUAAGAAUAAGGAAAAAAUAAUUCAAAAUGAAAAUUGUAGCCCAGAAUCUUUUAACAAUCACCAAUUUGAUAAGCCCAAAAAUAAUGACUCAAAAAUAGAAGUUACUACAUUGGAAAUGUCUGGAUAUUUGAACAAACGUGAGAACAAGUGCUCAAAUAAAGACUCAAAAAGGCCUACAACAUAUGAGCAAAAUAUGCAACUUAAUAGUAUAGAAAAUUAUCUCAAUAAGGAUAAGGAAGAUUUCAAAUGCAGAAGACAAGACCAAUUAAAAAACGAACAGGAUAAGAAAGAAGAUCCAACUGAUGAAAAAUUUCAAAACUGUCCUCAGAGAAAGAGUAUAAAUGGCUGUUUGUCUACAUAUGAACAACUGAAAAAUACAGAGGUGUUGCAGAAAACUAUACCACUGAAACAUUCAACUGUCUGGCGGAAACAUAAUUUUCAUUCCUUGGAUGGAACCGUAACCAGAGCCUUUCACCCUCGGACUGGCUUGCCUCUUCUUUCAAGUCCUGUUCCUCAAAGAAAGACACAAUCAGGCUGCUUUGAUCUGGAUUCUUCAUUACCACAUCUGAAAAGCUUAUCAUCUAGAAGUCCUCGGCCCUGUUUAAACAUUGAAGGCAACCCAGAAAUUCAUGAAAAACCAUUUCUGAGUUCUAGUGCUCCACCUAUAACAAGUCUUAGUCUCCUAGGAAAUUUUGAGGAAUCCGUCUUGAACUAUCGCUUAGAUCCUCUCGGCAUUCUUGACGGUUUUACGGCCGAGGUAGGGGCCAGUGGUGUCUUCUGCCCCACACAUUUGCUGCUUCCGGUAGAAGUGUCAUUCUACAGUGUCUCCGAUGACAAUGCUCCCUCUCCUUACAUGUGCAUUGAGCAUAAUCUAAGCCUUCAACUGCAGAAAUGAUACCAAGUCCUGGAGUAUGAUUAGUAUCAGCCAUUUUCCAAAACACAGAGAGCGAGAAGCAAUGCAAGUCCAUACAAGUUUACAGAGAUGGUGUCAAAUAGGGAGUCCGAGCUGGGUUUUCAGUUCGGUCUUCCUUUGAGAAAUAUAUAUCUACAUAUCUAUAUGUGUAUAUAUCUAUAUAUCUAUAUCUAUGUCUAUAUCUAUAUCUAUAUCUAUAUAUCUAUAUCUAUAUCUAUAUCUAUAUCUAUAUCUUGCCAUAGGCAUAGAAAUAUACAGCUCUGGUCUUGCCCCUCUAAUGUCCUCACUACCUCCUGGCUCCAUUGCUUCCUCUCCCCCAUCUUUUAGAUUUUCAAGGACAUUAAUAAUAGUGUCUUUUGUUAUUAAUAAAAGUUGUGGAAAGGGAAUUCUACAUAAUCAAGAAACAACAGAGGAAGGGAAGUUUUACUUUUUUUAGAAGCCUAAAUGUAGCCUACUCACUAUUGGCUCAGGGAAGCUUUAUUCCAUUCUAAGUGUGAAAAUGUUAGUCAAGAUCCUGGUCCACGUUUCAUACUUCAAUAGAAAAAGCUUACUGGUGUCUGCCCAUUUAUUCAGUUUUCUUUUCCCAAUAAUAUUUACACUUGCGGGUCAUAACCAUAAUGAUGCACAGCAUUGGUUAUUAUGAAAAGUGAGGCCCCUCCUUGACAAACCUACCCGUUAUCCCAUAAGCCACCUGUUAGUCAUUUACUACAGAAACAGGUAUCCACUUUUCCAGUAUAAUUUUGAAAAAAAAUAACUCGUAAUUUGGGUUAAUUAAUAUAAUGGAAUGCCAUUGAAAUAAGGUCAGUAUUAGGAUAAAAGUGCAUAAUACUGGAAUGCUUACAGUAUUAUAAUAUAAUUGUGACAAUGUCCAUUUUGCUUUACCAGGACAUCAAGAAGUCUCUUCGGUUUAGCAUAUUCUACUGAAUAUACAUAGUGACAGAGAAUUGAACGAUAAGGUUGAAAAUACUGUAAUCUGUCAUUGGGUCACAGAGUCCUGAUAACCAUUAGGAUGGCAGAGGAAUAAGAUAAAAGAGUGAAUUCGCUAAACAUUAGCUCAAAUAAAUAUAUUUGAGUGAAAUUCAUGAGCAAGAGGUCAUUUGAACUAUGCUUUAAAAAAGCACAACAGCAUUAAUCCUUGGCCUUGGUUGACAUUUAAAAAAUGAAGGAUUAAGAGAUAAAGGAUUGAGAUUUCCGUCUUUAAAAAGUACACACAAAUGAUUACAGAUCUUGAGAGUUUAAAUCAGGUUACUGAGUUAGUCUAUUCUUAAAGAAUUCUGAUUUGCUUUUUUCUGAUAAUAUUCUUCAAUAAACUUUCCAUUGUGUAAUUUUUUUGUCAGAUUACUCAUUAGAAAUGGGUUCCCUUUGCAGCAAAUGAUGCAGUCCAAAUCUUAGACCACAGAUCUUUCCUACUAUAAAUUAAUAAAAUUAUUGUUCUUCAGGGAAUUGGUAAUUCCAUCUGUUUUCAAAGUACUGAUUAUGUUUUGAUAAGAUAAUACAUAAAACAGAUCAGCAGAGUUGAGACUCCAAACUCCUAUUUGUUACUUUAAUAAUAACCUUGGGACCUCACAUUACAAAUUACACAAAUGACUCACAAAGAUAAAUGUUUGGCCCAGAAAUUUCUGCCUUUAUGGUAUAGAAGUGGUACUGGACUUUUCAGUAAGUAAUUCCUUAAAAAUUAACUCAAAGCUAUAUAAUAUCUCUCUCCAAUUGGGUGUCAGUGGUAAAAAUGUUCUUCGAGUGUUGUAUAAUAUUACAACUUUUCACAGUUUAAAAACUAUUGCUUAGUGGAACCAAGCAGAAAGGUCUAGAGCAGGUGUGCCAGUACCAAAUUCAAGUUAUAACUUGUAUUAUCAUCAUAUUAACAGGGUCAUAUGUUAUUUUCUCCUAUUUGUAAGUAACCAAAUUAAGAUAAACUUCUUUCUGUUUUACUUAGAUUUGUAUAUUUCCUAUUAAACAAUAAUUUGAGAAUAAGUUUUUGUAUAAGAUUUGACCUAGUUCAUUUAUCUUAACCUUUCUAUUCCAUCGUAAAAUGCCAGAAGUACAGCAACUUUUUCUUCAUAGAAAUAUUGAUAUGCUGACCAAUUAAAUAAUAACUUAAAUAAUAAUAGAAUUUCAAAUAAUUUCCCCAUUUCUUUCUAAUUCCUAAUUUGCCAACGCCAUACUGGCUUAGAAAUUGUGAAGUGUUGCCCUGGCCAGUGUGGCUCAGUUGGUUGGGCAUCAUCCUAUGCACCAAAAGGUUGCCAUUCGAUUCGCAGUCAGGGCACGGGCCCCGGUUGUGGCUGGAUCUCUGGUGGGGUGAGUGGAGGAGGAAGCCUAUCAAUGUUUCUCUCUCUCUCCCUCUCCAUCUGCCUCAAAAGAAAUCACUGAAAAAUCUUGUUAAAAAAAGAAAAGAAAUUGUAAAGUGUUGCUUUAAACCUGAAAGUUUUGGUUGUUUUGUUUUUUUUUAAUUCUAUUUUCUCGACAUGCUUCUCCCUCCCGGAAGCAUGCCUGUGCCUUUCCCUUCCCCCAUUCUUUCCUCUUAGGCAUGUAUCUCCUAAAAUCUAAGGGUUCCUACAAGACUUGGAACCAGGGGAGCAAUGGGCAACGACUGCUCGUCUCAGGCUAACCCCCUGAACCUGUCUCCAAGGUCCUCUUUGUUGCUUCUUCUAUUCUAAGCCCUUCCUUGUUUCACUGUCCCCCAGCUUUAAUAAACUUACUCUCAAAAUGAAAAAAUAACCUAUAUUAUUUCUUUAUAAAUUAAUUUUGUUACUGUUACCAUGUUCUGAAAACUAUUAUAAUUGUAUUAAAGGAAAUAAAUAUAGGCUUGAUUAGUAGUUUUUGAGUUACCAGUUUCCCUUUACUUAUUUAAGGUAGGGUGGCACGGAAGAACAGUAAUGUAUUACCUGUAGCAAUGUGAUUGUAAAGGUGGCUAUAUUUAUAUAUUUUUUACCGUUUUCCCCUAGAACUAGGAAGAAGAUGCUGUAGCAUUUUUCAUAUAGAGCAGAUUGUAAGAGAGAACAUGUUUAAAGCUUCAUUGCUGUUUUGGUUAGGGAUACAAUUUGUUGAUACUCUUGUUUUCAUGUUUCAAAUGGCCAUGUAUAAAUCACAUUUGUCAAGA